UAAUCUGUCAAAAUUAUCGUCAAGAAAAAAUAGUUUUAGCGAUAAGAAAGUUAGUUUGACUUCAGGCAAAGUUACAAUUUAUGCUAUUGAAACUCAAGUAGUUUGUCGUUUAUAUGUUUUGCUAAUAAAACUUCUCACCGAUCAAAAACAUGAUAUCACAAUGAAUUUAACUUAUCUUCCAAGUCUCGUUCCUAAUCUUUGGAAGUUUUUAAUGUGUUUGGGACCUAAAGGGAAUAUGGAGAUAUUCUUGAAUGGAUCUGUAGUAAAAGCGCCAGAAAAGGAACCUUUGAUAGGUAUAUUAGAAUUAUUUUGUGAAUGUUGCAGUAUAUUAUUAUUGUGA